UUCUUGGAGAAUGUGGUCUUUUAUAAAGAAUUAGCUAAAGAUGAGAACUUUGUAAUGGUGCAUCUAAAACGAGGAGGAGAAAACUUUGGUGCAAUAUAUGAACUAGCAGAAUGCUAUGUUUGUGGUAAUGGUGCAUCUAAAAUGAAGAGGAGAGAACUUUGGUGCAAUAUGCGAACUAGCAGAAUGCUAUGUUCGUGA